CCCUGUUCUGUCCCCACAGCCCCAUGCUGCCCUUGCAGUGACACAGAGGUGCUGUUGGCGGUCUGCACCAGCGACUUUGUCGUCCGAGGCUCCAUCCAGAACGUCACCCACGCACCGGAGCAGCAGGAGUCCACCAUCCACCUGCACGUGAGCCGGCUUUAUCGGCAGAAGAGCAGGGUCUUCCGGCCCGCCCCAGAGGGCGGCGGCUGGCGGGGGCGAGUUGCCACGCUGCUGGAGUGCGGUGUGAGGCCUGGGCGUGGUGAGUUUCUCUUCACCGGCCACAUGCACUUUGGGGAGGCCCGCCUCGGCUGUGCCCCACGCUUCAAGGACUUCCAAAGGAUGUACAGGGAUGCCGAGGAGAGGGGCCUGAACCCCUGCGAGAUGGGUACGGAGUGACUGUGGGCGAGUCCACCGCUGCCGCAGCGAGUGCUCGGAUCGGGGGCUCCCUGGUGCUCAAGCCAUGGAGGCACGUGCCACGAGGUCCUGGCCAAGGACUCCCUGACUGAUGGGAAAUGUUGUAAAAUGCAAACUAAGUUAUUAUAUUUUUUUUUUUUAAAGAAAAGUCCAUAGGAAGCAAACUCCAGUGUCUUAAAAUGCCUUGUGUGCCAUUUCAUACCAUUUUUCAAAAGCACCUGACGUCCUUGCGCUCGGCUGGUGUGUUGGGUGACAUGCUGGGGCCGUAGCCCACAGAGGACGCCCAGCACCAGGCCUUGUACGAAGCUUGGGUACCAUUCAGAGUAGUUUCUUAUGACGGGAACUUACGGAGCCAAAUACUUAUUUUUUGUUUUGUUUUUGCUUUUCAAAGAAUGUGCUUUGCUGGCCGUGGUCAUUUUUGGGCUGCAGGCUGUUUCCAUUCCAGAGAAUAAAGACCAGCGUCUGAUGGAA